UGGCCAUCCGAGAUCAUUUCUGAUAGGGAUAACAUCUUUAUAAGUGCCUUUUGGUCUGAGUUGAUGCAACAACAUGAAGUUAAAUUGCUUAAAUCCACAGCCUUCCACCCUCAAACUAAUGGACAAAUAUAGGCAUUAAACAAGACUAUAGAAGGAUACUUGAGGUGUGUUACCGGUGAAUUACCUAAGAAAUGGACAAAAUAUAUAGCCUUGGCAGAAUUGUGGUAUAACACUAAGUUUCAUAUAGAUAUCAAGAUGACACCAUUUGAAGCACUAUAUGGAUACCCUCCUCCUAUGCCAAAUAUUACAGUACAAGGAGAAUCAUUAGUAGAAGCAGUAGCUUAUACGGUAAAAACCAGACAACAAAUAACAAAGCUUCUACAGGAUAAUUUAACAAAGGCUCAGGAGAGGAUGAAAGAGUAUGCUGAUCUCAAAAGGGUAGACAAAGAAUUCAACUGUGGAGACUUCGUUUACUUGAAAAUACAACCAUACAAGCAACUAAGUUUGGAAAAUUCAGCAUUCCACAAGUUGGCUGCAAGGUACUAUGGACCUUUCAAAGUAGUAGAAAGAGUGGGCAAAGUAGCAUACAAACUUGAGUUACCUGCUGGAACAAGAAUACAUGAUGUAUUUCAUGUUUCGUUGCUAAAAGAACAUCAUGGUCCUCACAUAGCAUCACAAGAACUACCACUAUACAAUGAGGAGGGUGAAUUUGUACCACAACCACUAGUGGUUAUGGAUAGAAGAAUGAAGAAAAAGGGCAACAGAGCUGUCACAGAGGUAUUGAUUCAAUGGCUACAUACCAAGCCAGAAGAUGCAGUUUGGAAGGAAUUACACAGUAUGCAACCCUACUUUCUAGAUUUUGAUUGGAGAGCUAACAGGCCUUGAGGAUAAGUCCUAUGUUUGAAGAGGGGGAAAGUUGUAAUAAGUGAAAUUAGAGGCUUGAUUAGCAAGUUAGUUGUCAUUAGGAAAAUCCAGAUUAAGAGGGUAUAAAUAAACGCCCUUAUGUACAUUCUCAUUCAUUCAUGAAUAAAGUUCAGAAGUGUUCCUCUUAUUCUUUGAGAAUAGAGAGUGAGUGAGGGUUCAAUUGAGUAAUUCUAUUCCCAAUUGUUACACAGUGUCAAUGUCAAAAUCAUCGCGGAUUUGCUCCAAGCUGGCGUGGACCCGACCGCGACAACGGAAUCCCUCAUGCCAUACCGCUCGUAAUUUGGGUUGGGAGCCUCCACACGUUGAAGCUUCUGAAAGCCAAAAUCGACAAAUCUGUUCUUCACAAGGUCGCGAUGAUGGACCGAUUCGACACGAUGGAGUUUCUAUUGGAGCGCUACGACAACGACGACUAGGAGUUGGACAUGGAUGCGGUGGACUUUGAGGGGGCGAUGGUGAUCCACAGUGCAGCAAGGGAGGGUUAUCCAGUUUUGUGUCUUGAUGGGAGGAAACCCUAAUCGCGCCGACAAACCUUUUUAUGCGGCAUGGUGGUUCUAUUUAUGAUGCUUGGUUUAACUGUGCUUCCAACGAGGUGGCUCAAGUUCUGCUUAUGUUGCCAUACUCAUUUUUCCCAACUGGGAAUACUUUCUGGCACUCUUGGAGAAGUCUUCUACGACUUGCUAGGUGGCUGGACUGCUUACCUCAUUAGCACACUAUACGUUGAAUACAGAACCAGAAAAGAGAGAGAGGAAUUAAAUUUCAGGAACCAUGUCAUCCAGUGGGUCGAGAUUCUUGAUGGGCUCCUCAAGAAGCACUGGAGAAACAUGGGCUUGGCCUCCAACUACACAUUUCUUCUAUUUGGAUCUAUCAUCCAACUCAUAGCUUGUGCAAGGUAUUAUCUAACAUUAUCAAUUCAAUUCAAACUCAACUGGUAUUGGCACUCGUCCAUUUAUUAAAGAUUUUAUGGCACAAAUUGGUCAGGUGUGUUAUUGAGAAAUUAGAAUUGUAUAUGUGCUAAUUCAUAAAUUCCAUAUCAUGUUUCUAUGGUGGUUUUUAUAUAUCAUUCUGCUAAUCACAGUCAUUUGUCAUUCACUCUGCUUUUUCUCUUCUGAACAGGCUAGCAGGCAUGCUCUAGCUACAGACGAAUGGUUGAGAGUUUAAGGGUGCAACAAUGUCUAUGCGCUCGGUGACUGUGCCACAAUAAACCAGCGAAAA